CUCCAAGUCGGGGAUAAUAAAUCUCCCCGGAUGGAUUUAUCGUCUUACUUAUCUGCAGAUAUAAGCGAGCGCGAGUCCCUUGAUUACGCGUUACACAAAUAUUAAUUGAAGUUGCGCGCCGUGUACGAGCGUCGCGAUUUAAUUUGCGUCGCGGUGCGACGCGACACGUUGAAUGUACGUCGCGCGUAAAAAAUGUAACGUCGGAUAUACCCACGCAGUUACCUGCGAUAUUAUCUCCGCGUCAUCCCUCCCCCGCCUCUUCUUAUCAGCCGGAGAUCGCGUAAUCUCCAUUUACCCGAGGAUUGUUAUCGAGUUUUUCAACUUGGCGCGGUAUCGUGCACGAGUCAGUGCCGCGCCAGUAUCGUUGAACGCGGUUUUCCGCCUCGCCGAAACGAGGAAACAUGAGCGAGCACGUUCACACGAUAGUGCGCCGCAGCGUGUCCUGCUACUUCUGCAACGAGUUCCUGGAGGAGAGGCACCUGUCCGAGCACAUGGCUCAGUGCUCGUCGGUUCUGGAGGAGUGUCCGAACAAGUGCGGCGUCUACGUGCCGCGCAGACACCUGGAGAGCCAUCGGAAGUCGUGCGGCAGGAGGAUGUCGAGGAAGUCGUGUCUCGAGGACUCGGUGUGGAAGGAGAAGGUGUUCUCGGUGCUGACGCUGCUGCGGCUGGCGAUCGAUUACGGGGAGAAGGAGCGGGCGCACCUGCGCGACGCUCUCUCGAGGAACUCGCACCUGCUGCACUCUCAGCAGGAGUCGCUCGCCGCGCUGCGCUCGGACGUUGGAAUGGUGGUCGAGAAGACUCGCGCCGGCGUCGCCCUGCUCAACCAGAGGCUGGACGACCUGGAGAUCAUCACGGACGACGCGCAGCACCGCAGCAGCGCGAGCUUCCGGCAGAUCUCCGAGCAGCUGAAGCUGUUCGAGCUGGCCGACGAGCGAAGCAGGCGGCAGGACGAUCGGCUCGGAGAGUUGAGGGAGCUCAGGACCUUCGUCGCGAAAGAGGGCGUGCGCGUGGGAGACAUGUGGCAGGAGCAGACCCAGCGUAUCAACGAUCUGAAGCUCGAGCUGGAGAUGAGGUGCAGGGACUCGAAGGAGCUGACGGCCAAGCACGACGCUCUGUCGAGAAACGUGGACGAUCUGCUGGAGGAGAUCCGCAAGCAAGCCGAGAGCACAGCCAGGCAGAAGUCCGACCUGAAGGGCCUGAAAUUCCAAAUGAGGCAGAAUCUCAAGUACAUGGAGGAGCUGAUCGCGGAGAGCAGCCCCGGAGCGGAGUUCCCCGAGGCGAAUUCCUGCGCCUGCUCGGAAGAGAGGCUGUUCCCCGCCUCGACGAACGGUCGUCUCAUAUGGCGAGUCGACGGCUACAGGGAGAAGAUGAACGCGGCCAAGGAGAAGAACAGCGCGAUCCACAGUCCGGUGUUCCUCGACCGGGAGUACGGUUACACCCUGAGGAUGGAGUUGUUCCUGAACGGCAAGGGCCAGUGGAAGGAUCGUCACAUUAUCGGCUGUCUGCGCGUGGAAAGCGGCAAGUGGGAUCCUCUGCUGGACUGGCCCUGCGUCCUCCGAGCGUCCGUGGUUCUGCGCGAUCAGGAGAAUCCCGCGAACGACCUGAGGAAAAGCGUGAAAACCGUCGGCCGGGACGACACGGACGAUCCCGACAGGAAGUCCGACCUGUACAUGUUCAUUCCCCACACGACGCUCAGCCGGUAUCCGGGCUACACGAAGAGCGACGUCAUGUUUUUCGACGUACAAGUGCGAGAUGUGAAGACCAGUGCCUCUACGGUGUCAGUGGUCCAAUAAUUUCACUCGCUUCUAAUGAUAACGUUAACCGGCGAGUCCGAUAAUGAAAUAGAACAAAUGGUAACAAAUGAUAAUAUAUAACGUACGACGAAAUACAAAGUCUACGAUAACAAUGAAUUGUAAUAAUGAGCUCCGUUUCACUGAUAUAUCAUGGCAGUCGUUUGUAUUAAACUGUCGGGUUUAUCAAAAUCAUUAUUCAUAAAUCUAAUAAUGUUAUCAUCAAUAAGUAGUAAUAAUAAUAACAACUAAUUGUAUAAUUUUACUAGUUGUUUCUUUUCUCUCUCUCUCUCUCUCUCAGAUAUAACAGUUUUAUAACUUCUUCUAUAACUUGAUGAAUGUAACUCGAAAUACCAACGGUUCCCGAACGGGACCGGGACUUUUCAGUGGAGGUCUAAAUGUAAAUAAAAAGAAAGAAAAUAUUACGCUCUACUUUCUCAUGAUGUAUUUGUCGUGUG